CACUGAUAGGCGGCACUGACUGGCACUGAUUGGCAGCACUGAUCGGUGGCACUGACUGGCAUUGAUAGGUGGCACUGACUGGCACUGAUGGGUGACACUGAAAGGCAGCUCAGAUGGGCACUGAUAUGUGGCAUUGAUGUGGCACUGAAAUGUGGCACUGAUGGACACUGGCAGAUGGCAUGGAUGAGCACUGAGAGCUGGCACAGAUGGACACUGACAGGUGGCGCUGCUGGCACUACACAGAUCGUCAGGGCACACUGAUCAUCAGUGCUCUGAUGAUCUGUGUACAUGUCCCAUGUGAUCAGCUGUGAUUGGACACAGAUGAUCACAUGAC